AGACUGUUUACUAUAAAUUCACUUCCGCUCCUCUGCGGAAGUACAUGAUCAGAAGGCUUUCGACGUCAAGCGAAGUGAGAAACACAAACUUGUGGAACAUUUAGUUUUGCCAAAAUGCAGAUCUUUGUGAAGACCCUGACCGGAAAGACCAUCACCCUUGAGGUGGAGGCCAGUGACACUAUUGAGAAUGUGAAGGCCAAGAUCCAGGACAAGGAGGGAAUCCCACCAGACCAGCAGCGUCUGAUCUUUGCAGGAAAGCAGCUGGAAGAUGGCCGUACCCUCUCUGACUACAACAUCCAGAAAGAGUCUACCCUCCACCUUGUGCUCCGUCUCCGUGGAGGCAUGCAGAUCUUUGUGAAGACCCUCACCGGAAAGACCAUCACCCUUGAGGUGGAGGCCAGUGACACCAUUGAGAAUGUGAAGGCCAAGAUCCAGGACAAGGAGGGAAUCCCACCAGACCAGCAGCGUCUGAUCUUUGCAGGAAAGCAGCUGGAAGAUGGCCGUACCCUCUCUGACUACAACAUCCAGAAAGAGUCUACCCUCCACCUUGUGCUCCGUCUCCGUGGAGGCAUGCAGAUCUUUGUGAAGACCCUGACCGGAAAGACCAUCACCCUUGAGGUGGAGGCCAGUGACACCAUUGAGAAUGUGAAGGCCAAGAUCCAGGACAAAGAGGGAAUCCCACCAGACCAGCAGCGUCUGAUCUUUGCAGGAAAGCAGCUGGAAGAUGGCCGUACCCUCUCUGACUACAACAUCCAGAAAGAGUCUACCCUCCACCUUGUGCUCCGUCUCCGUGGAGGCAACUAAUCUCCUGCUGUAAAGAUGUCUCAGUAAACUCAUUUAUUCCGGCUCCAGAUGUCACUCAUUCCUUUUAUUCCACUUCCACAUUUUCUUUGAAGUUUCAAUAAAGGUUCAACAUUCUAAAAUUUUAAA